AUGAAAAAUAGCGAGAAAAUUCUCGAAAUCUCACGGAAGGAGCUGUGGUAUGAUGGCGUUCUGGGUGAAGAUUUUGAUAUCGAGAUCAACAACCAAAUGGGCUGUGGCGAAGCGCUUGAGGGUGUCGCCGUGGGCGCCGAUAUGUACCACGUGAAGAAAGUGCGAGCGUUUAUUGGACCUUACUGUAACGCUGAAUUGGACGCAGUUGCAAAGAUGGCAACAUUCUGGAAUAUUCCAAUAGUUGGUUACAUGGCAUCGUCAAACACCUUUGCUGACAAGUCCAUCUACAAAACUCUGGCAAGAGUGUCGCUGGGAACAACCAAUUCAUUAGCGGAAGCGGUCGCGGCAAUUCUCAGUCACUAUGGAUGGACUAGGGUUGGUAUUGCCACCAGUACUGGCCUGAUUGCUUACGAAAGGAUGCAGGGGUUCGAAGAAACCUUCCACAAGAGGAGCAUAAAAAUAAACAAAAAGGUCAGUUCGAUUUCAAAUGGAAUUUUAUACGCUUCUGUAGAGAACGAAUACGCUGAAAGAUCGGCCUCUAGUCCCACCAAAUCUGCUGUUAUGUUCGAUGAGAAUUCAGACGCCAACUCGAUGGCGCAGACCGGUUUGCUCAACGAGUUAUCCAACAAUGCUCGAGUUAUAAUUUGCAUUUUCUCAUCCACUCGUGAGAUGUCGAAAGAGUUCAUGAAGGCGGUAUACACUGCUAAAAUGAACACUCAUGACUACGUGUACAUUCUUCCGUGGUUACAGGUGAUGUUCAGCAUGUAUUAA